AUGUCCCAGACUACGAACGCUGUCAGCGACAUCAAGACAAAAGACCAUGAAGCCACCCAGAAUCACAUCACGCCCGUCGAUACGGUGCAGCAUGGCGACGUAGAGAACUUGAAGCUGCCUGUUAUGGACAAAGUGGAUAAAUUUGGUGCACACGCGAAGACAGAUCCUCGAGAGAUAAGACUUGUGAGGAAACUGGAUUGGUACAUCAUGCCUAUUCUGUGGUUCAUGUACACAUUCAAUUACCUCGACCGCAAUGCCAUUGUCAACGCGAGACUCAACAACCUCGAGGCAGAUCUUGGCUUAAAAGGAACGCAAUAUAACACUUGCGUGUCCAUUUUAUUUGUCGGAUACAUGUUUCGGAUUUCCAUCGUUAUGGCGGGUUUUGCCUUUGCCUGGUCGCUUGUCAGUCUUUUGACGUUCUUGGCACACAACUACAGCAGCAUGAUGGUUUGUCGCUUUAUUCUUGGUAUUGUCGAGGCUCCGUUUUACCCUGGAGCACUAUAUAUCAUCAGUUUGUUCUACACACGCAAGGAAAUCGCUUUUAGGCUCGCUAUCCUGACCACUGGCAAUAAUUUCUCCGGAUCGUUCGCAGGCCUCAUCGCGGUCGGCGUAUUUCAGCUGGAUAAGAAGCUUGGACUUGCUGGUUGGCAAUGGCUAUUCAUCCUUCAAGGUGCUUUUUCGGCACUUACCGCGCUGAUGGCCUUCUGGUUUCUCCCCGAUGACCCAUUGACCACCAGAUGGCUUACCGAAGAGGAGAGGCAACUCGCCCAUAACCGAAUCCUCAUCGAUACGACCGAUCUACAAGAAAGCACCAGCGUCUGGUCUGGUCUGCGAGACGCAGCUACUGACUGGCGUACCUGGGCGAUGACUCUAAUGUAUAACCUCCACGUUUCCUCGCUUGGAUUCCAGAACUUCAUUCCCACCGUUAUGUUGGGCCUCGGGUAUAGCCGGACGGUCACACUGGCUUUGACGUGCCCGCCCUUCUUUCUCGCUGCCAUAAUAGGACUCAUAAUCGCCUGGACGUCGGGCCGCUGGAACGAGCGUACGUGGCAUAUUGUGAUAUGUAAAAGCAUCGUUAUCAUCGGCUUCAUCAUCCCCCUCACCACAAGCAACUUCGCCGCGCGCCUAUUCAGCAUCUUCCUCUUUGUGGGCUUCAGUUUCGGCAUCAACAAUAUCCUGCUGGGGUGGAGCAGUGCGACGCUUGGCCAGACCAAUGAAAAAAAGUCCGUGGCGCUUGCCAUUAUCAACAUGCUGGGCAACAUGUCAAAUGUUUAUACGCCUUACCUGUGGCCGUCAUCGGAUUCGCCGCAUUACAGGACUGCGUGGUAUGCGAGUAUCAGUUUCGCGGUGGGGGUGAUUGCGGUCGCACUGUUCAUGAAGUACUCUCUCAAGGCUCGAAACAAGAAGAUAAGUAUGCACGAUGCGGAAGUGAAGAAUCUCUAUGUAUAUUAG